AUGAAUUGGUUCAACUCUCUACCCACAGGAUCGAUCGACACCUUCGCUCGAUUGUCAACACGUUUCACCAAUCAAUUCACCAUCAACAAACAGUAUGCCAAGACCUCAGCCCACAUUUUCUCUGUAGUACAGAGAGAUAACGAAGCGCUCCGCAACUACAUCAAGCGUUUUGUAGAAGCCGUCCACGAAGUCCCAAGCGUAGGACAAGACAUGCUCUCCGGGAUCAUGCAACAAAACUUGAAGCCGGGUAGGUUCAAAGAAUCUAUUGCAAGAAGGCCACCAGACAACCUAGAGGAAUUGCUGAACCGAGCCGAUAAAUACGUACAAAUAGAGGAAGCCUCUACCCAUGCUCAUCCCAAGAUGAAGAGGGAAGAUGACCGUCAGGACGUUAGGAGGCGGGAUGAUCGACGUCCACCACUCCCACCUCAAGGACAAUCAUCUUCCUCUUACAAUCGGUUCACUCCGCUAAACACUCGCCUCACCGAAAUCCUUCAUGUGAUAGAACAAAGAGGUUUAGCAGAACCUCCACGCCCAAUGCAGCCAAAUGGCCACUUAGGCGAAUACAUCGAUAAGCCUCGAAACAAGCGUCGUGAUGAUCUCCAACGCCGAGAUAACAUUCGAGAUCAACCGAAACGACGAGAGGAGGGAGGUCAUCGGCGAGAACAAGAUAACAAUGAUAAUCAACCCACCCGGGGAGUCAUUGCCUUUAUCUCUGGAGGACCGGCGGGUGGCGACUCACAAAAUGCGAGACGCUCCCUCGCUCGAUCAGCACGUAUGAAUCAAGAGCAUGCCUCUCCAUCCGCAUCUAUCUAUCAGAUACGAAGAUAUGAUCAUAGCAUAGUCUUCAACUCUUCGGACCUUAAAGGUCCAGAUGAAGAUCAUAUCGAUGCAUUGGUAAUCACAGCAUCGGUGGCCAACUUCUUGGUUAAGAAGAUAUUAGUGGACGGUGGAAGCUCAGCCGACAUCAUGUAUCUCCACGCUUUCAAGCAGCUGGGCAUAGAUAAUGCCCAGUUUAGCCCCAUCUCCACGCCCCUAAAAGGAUUCACGGGAGAUGGCGUUUUAUCCAUGGGAGAAGUGGAGUUGCCCAUUUCCUUAGGGGACAACCCUUGUCAAAUUACCAAGAUAAUCAAAUUCCUCAUCGUCGACAAGCCGUCCCCCUACAACAUCAUCCUAGAGAGGCCAGCAAUCCAUACAUUCAAGUCAGUACCUUCAUCCUACCAUCAAAAGUGGAAAUUCCCCACUCCUUAG